AUGUCCAGCGCUACGAUUAAGACCAUCUCGCCUUCCACCAACAAAGUUGUCUGCGAGCGCCCCGCCACUACGAUCCAGGAUGCCCGAAAGGCAGCGCAGAGGUCUAAGACGGCGUUCGAGAGCUGGCGCCAGGUCUCUCUUGCUCAGCGCAAAGUGAUUGUGGAAAAGGCUCUCGCGUUGAUCCAAGAGCGCCGCUUCGACCUCGGCCGCGAGUUGUCGGAGCAGAUGGGGCGCCCGAUCUCUUUCAGCCACAAAGAAAUUGAGACUAUGCAGAAGCGAGCCGACUACCUGCUCGAUCUUGCUGAAGAGGCCUUGUCACCUUUGCCCGGGCGUCCUGAAGCUGGGUUCAAGCGUGAGGUCAAGAAGGUUCCCGUGGGGCCUGUGCUCAUCGUCUUCGCGUGGAACUUCCCCUACCUCAUCAUCGUCAACGCUCUUGUGCCUGCCUUACUGGCGGGAAACACGGUGCUCCUCAAGCCCUCACCCCAGACACCCCUCGUGGGAGAGCGCAUCGCAGCCAUCUUCAAGGAGGCCGAUCUUCCCGAGGAUGUUCUGCAACUGAUUCAGUCUGGGGACCCUGGCAUGCUGCGCGAGCUGGCCCAACUCCCAGAAAUAGCUGCCGUGGGCUUCACGGGCUCUACUGCUGGCGGUCUAGCCAUCCGGGAGGCUGUCGCCAAGCAGACUAUUCCUGUAAACCUUGAGCUGGGAGGAAACGAUCCCGCAUACGUUCGGGCGGAUGCGGACCUGAAAUAUGUAGCUGCAGAGCUCGUGGACGGUGCUGUCUUCAACGCCGGUCAAAGCUGUUGCGCCAUUGAGCGUAUCUACGUUCAUGCUGAUGUCCAUGACGCAUUCAUUGUGGCUCUCCAGGAAGAACUCAAGGGAUACGUUCUCGGCGAUCCCCUUGACGAGAAGACGAUGGUGGGACCGGUGGUUUCCCGACAAGCCCAGAAAGCUAUCCGACAGCAGAUCGACGAUGCGUUGGCAAAAGGCGCUGUUGAUGUGACACCAGAGAAUGCCAGUUUCCGUUCAGCGCCGACCAGCGGGAACUAUAUGGCCCCUGUUAUCUUGACCAAUGUCACACACGACAUGGAGGUGAUGCGGGAGGAGACCUUUGGACCUGUCAUCCCGGUUGCAAAGGUAGCAAACGACGAGGAGGCUAUAAGGUUGAUGAACGACAGCGAGUACGGCUUGACGGCCAGCAUAUGGACUAAAGACAUCUCGCGCGGCGAAGAGUUGAUCGAGCAUCUAGAAGCCGGCACAGUCUUCGUCAACCGUUGCGACUACCCCAACCCUGACUUGGCUUGGACAGGUUGGAAGAAGUCGGGCCUGGGAUGUACCCUUGGUCCACGUGCCUACGAUGCAUUCUUCAAGCUCAAGAGCUACCAUGUCAAGGAGAGGCACGGUUGA